AUGGAGGAGUUCUGCUGCUCGACUUGGAGCGAUCCAGGAGCCACCCGGGGAACUCUGGACGAGAGGAGAUGUCCUUUAAAUGGUUCGGAGGCCGAGACAGCACGUGCAAGCCGCCAGACAUUCAAAGAUAGCGAGUGGAGGUCGGCCGAGCAGGCCUUCGACGGCGGGCCAGUUACCCGAGGUUCGGGCAGCUCGAUCGAAGAUGAGGACUCGCGGUUCCGUGAUCGAAGGAACGGUAGAACGAAGAUCAAGAAGAGCCUGAGCGACCGAGCACCAUCGUCGAAACCCGACCAGAAGUCGUUCAACUGCUUCGACAGGCCUAGGAUCAAGUUCACCUUCAGCGAGAAGGCCGAGACAGCACGUGCAAGCCGCCAGACAUUCAAAGAUAGCGAGUGGAGGUCGGCCGAGCAGGCCUUCGACGGCGGGCCAGUUACCCGAGGUUCGGGCAGCUCGAUCGAAGAUGAGGACUCGCGGUUCCGUGAUCGAAGGAACGGUAGAACGAAGAUCAAGAAGAGCCUGAGCGACCGAGCACCAUCGUCGAAACCCGACCAGAAGUCGUUCAACUGCUUCGACAGGCCUAGGAUCAAGUUCACCUUCAGCGAGAAGGUUCGAAGAUCCGAUCGCGAAGAAGCCGACGAUCCUCCCGGUGAUCUCCCGAGGGUCAAAACAGAGCCGACUCGCGGCAAGUUACACAAAAGCGACUCGUUCCUGAAGAAGCUCGUCCGGAGCUCGAAAGACAACAUCGCCGAGGGCUGCGAGCGUCUGGUGAGGAACAUCCAGAAGAGUCCGUCGGUUCUUCGGAGGAAAUUUCUGUCGCACGAGGAGCCUGCCGCGGUCGUCGAUGAGAAGCCCGUGGCUCCUCUGCGGAGGCAAAGGUCCACAAGGAGACCUCUGAAAGUCGACGAAGCAGCGGCAACAUCACCGGCAGCGGUAGCAUCUCCUAACGAUUGCUGCGAGGAAUCCCCAGCAGCUCGUGUUUCCAUCUGUCCUAGCAAGGACGCUAUCUCUUUGGCAAACGAGAGCCGCGAUACCCGUGGGACAGACCGCGAGACUCUUGUAAACGAGUCUGUUAGGCUGGUCCCAGGCGGCCGGGUUCGCCGGAAUAGUUGUGUACCGGCCGACGACGCGAGCUCCUCGAAGAGCGUCUCGGUGGAGGACGUGGAGGAUUUGAUUAGGUCGGAGAACAACCUCCGGUUGCUGGAGCAGCGAGUGCUGAUCAGAAGGCGGAUAGAGAAGUCGGCGAAGCUGUUCGAGGCGCUGCAGUCGGAGCAGCUGCGUUCCUGGAGCGAGGAGAACUUGGCGAAGAAGGGCUCGAAGGUCGCCAGGCAUCGGCUGGACCCGGAAGGCUACGAGCGGCUGGCAGGCUUCGUGGAAAGCGAAGCGAUCGCCGCCGCCGGACGAGUGGCAGGUUCAUAG